AUGAAUGCGAAUUGUACAAACACACUCGGCUCUUAUAACUGCACAUGCAGGCCUGGACACACAGGCAAUGGGAGCAUUUGUAAAGGUAAAAAUUUGCCGGUUAAUUUUUGUGAUGCGCCUUUAAAGAGUCAGGACUCAUAGCUCCCUUUGGUAGUACUCCCUUUGAUACUCUUUCCAUAGUUAUUCUUACACUUAAAACCAAGAUGGUCACCUGUUACAGACUUGAACAAUGAAAAGUGUUUUUUUGGAUAUACGGACAAGAAGUUCUUUUGCGAAUGCCUGCAGUCUGGGAUAGAAAACAUCUGUGCCCCCGGGGUAGGAGGAAUUCCGCAGCAAAGUUUUAUCUUGUAAAGCUCCGCCUUGAGGUCAAGCUCCUUACCUUUCUAUAUAUUUCUUUUGAGAGAAAAGGUACCCCUGACGUCCCUUACACAGUACCUUUAAUUGGCAAAUGGUACCCCUUUCAAAUACCUAAUUUGGAACUUUACAUUACUUUUAGCUGCCGUAAAUGCACUGUCGUUAAACUGUGAAUAAAUCAGAAAACCAGGAAAAUGUCUCGACUUUUUCACAGCCAUAAAAUCCUUCUGUUAGCCCUUUUAGGUCUUUUUACAGACUAAAAUGACACAGAUUUCUCUACCCUCUCAUAUACUUCAACCACACCUGAAGCCUGGAAAAGGUACCCAUUUCGCAAUUCGGCCGGAGCUUCCCCCUAUAGGUCAUUGUAGGGGGUUCCCCCCCCCGGAUUUAUGCUUGUUUUCUUGUUUUUUUUUUUUAUAUUACACCUGGACGAAUGCAAGGAUAAAACUCAUCAGUGUGAUGUAAAUGCGAACUGUACCAACAUUCCGGGCUUAUAUAACCUGAGAUCAGGCUCUAUUUUCGUUUCGCUUUGAAAAUUACAUUUCGGCGGGCAAGACGAAACGAAAAGAGAGCCUGAUACAAACCUUCUACGAAAUGUCUGCCGCCCACUUUUUUGAUUGAUUGACAUUUACCGAAUCAGCCAAUCAGAAUUACUUCCGUUGCUUGUUUUUCUAGUAUGCAAAUUUUUCUUGCGUGGGAAAAAUGCAGACUGGCUGACUUAAAAAAUAGCUUUUGUCUGUUAAUCAAAAUGCAUCUUGUUAGCGGUCAACAACUUGCAGAGGGAUUCAACUCCGCGAUACACUCUCUUUCCGUAAAUAAAGCAAAUCCUGAGAAGAUAUGAACAACCACAUGAAUUUUCUGCAUUUCCAUGGCACAUAUUAAGGCAUAUUUUCGUACCAUAAGACCAUAAAACAAUAAAAAGACAGCAAAAUCGAUCCUUCUCUCCACCGACGACGGAUCAUUCACGAAAACAACCACGCGAGGAAUAAGUGCUUUCAACUUCCGGCGUUUCCGACAGCCAAUCAGAUCUUGUGGCAUUGUUCUAACAGCCAAUCAGCGUUACGGCCAAAAUCUGGCCGUAACGAGCACAAACUUGUAAUAGUUUGUAUCAGGCCCAAUUUCAGCGGUAGCCGUUAGAGAGAAUGUAUGAGAACCGCUCAAAUUGGGCCUGAUCUCAGGUUAGGGCUCAUAUACUGCACGUGCAGGCCUGGCUACACAGGAAAUGGGAGCAUUUGUCAUUAGCUACCCAAGCCUUCACUUCUUGUUCCUGCAAGUAUAUAGUUAUGUUAUCUUUGUAACUUAAUAUUUUCUACUCCCUCCAGAAAUUGAUGAAUGCAAGGAUGGAAGCCAUGAUUGUCACAUAAAUGCCAACUGUACCAACAUUCCUGGCUCUUACAACUGCACGUGCAGGCCUGGCUACCAAGGCAAUGGGAGCAUUUGUAAUGGUAAAACUUGCUGAUAAAUGUCAUAAUAAGACUUAAUUUAUAUUCAUUUCUUCUUUUUUUCGUUUCCUUACUCAGACAUCGAUGAAUGCGAAAAGGGAAGCCAUUAUUGUCACAAAAAUGCGAAUUGUACAAACGCAGCUGGCUCUUACAACUGCACAUGCAGGCCUGGCUACACAGGCAAUGGGAGCAUCUGUGAAGGCAAAAAUUUGGGAAGACCUUAGAUAACAUUGAUCUUAACCAGGUUGUGGCGUCCAGCGGUUUAAGAGAAAACAAGAAUUUAGGUGCUGGUGAGGUGCUCAGUCUCGCGGGCUCAUAUAACCUGGUCUCAGUCAUUCUUAUUUAAAGAUUUUCAAACAUUUUCCGAUUAAUUUUUUAUGACGCGCCUUUAUAGAGUCGGGGCUUAUAGCUCCCUUUGAUACUCUUUCCCUAGUUAUUAUUACACUUAAAACCAUGAAGAUGAUCACUUAAUUGUUACAGCAGUAAGCGCUCGAUCGCAACGAUCUUACGGAAGCAGUCUUUGAACUGCUCCUUGAACUUUAUCUUUUUAAAAUUUCUGUGAUUCCAAUGUAGGAGGUAGGUUUAUGUGUAAUUCUGGCAUUUUGUUUUUUCAGAUGUUGAUGAAUGUGCUGACAACUUACAUGACUGCGACGCUAAUGCAAACUGUACAAACAUCCCGGGAUCCUAUCGCUGUGUUUGUAACCCACCAUAUAAUGGAUAUCGGAAAAAGUGCAUUAAAACACGUGAGUGUAGCAUUAAGCCCAGAAAUAUAAAAUGAUCCGAGUGAAAGUUGGAGGAGAAUGGGGGAUUGAUGGCUUAGGGCUUGUUUACAUGGUGGUGGGGACCCCAGGUAGAUGAGGAGAUCCGCUUAGGUUGGGUAACCCGCCUGUCCAUAUAAUCUCUCAUUUUAAUUUGAUGUCAUUUACAUGAUAGGUGGGGUGGUCCCCCACCUCCAUGUAAACCGGUCAUUAGUUGGUACUGCGCCUUGGAUCCUAAUGACGUUUAGAGAAGGCAAUAAUUGCUUUAGGCCCUUUAUAGGGUGGAUGUCCACUGUCGCGUAAUUUUUACGUGCGUUCGAGCAGAAAAAUUUAAUUACAUUCGCAAAUAAAAGAGAGGCAAUAUAUGAAGGAUCGCGCGUAAAAGUAAAAGUUGAACCUCGCCCAACUUCACGUUUAAGUGCAACACGGCUUCGUACCUUGUCUCUAUUUUAUUUACGCGACUAAAAUUUACGUGCGUUUACACGAGCGCGAAAAUUACGCGUCCACCCUUCAUGCAGGUGCGACAAGAAAGGCCUGAAAAAAAUCCGGGCUUGAAUCGGUUCAAACUCUUGACCUAUGCGAUACCGGUGCAGCGCUCUAACCAAUCGAGCAAGCAAGCCAUCUGGGAGCUGGUCAUUAUAAAAAUGGGUCAUUCCCUGGGUUCAAACCUUUCACAAAAAUAGGUCAUCUCCGAAUUAUCACUUUCAAAAUGAGGCUGAGUGCAAAAUCUUUCUUGUGAAAAUCACUUUUUUUUGCGUGAGAAUAAAAAAUCAUUUUCAUAUCGCACUUAGGCUCGCUUGGAAAUAGAGGCUUAGAGCAACUGUUGAUUCGUAAUAUACCCGGGAAAGAUUACGGGCUUUCUACCUGUAGAGCAGUUUUGGAUUAGUGACUGCAUAUAUGCAAAAGAGGUGGGGAACCUAAACGCUGAGCUCAAGUUCACUUGGAGGAUUCAUGAAGGCAAAUGAACCGUAGUAUUUAGUAAGAAUUGUAGCAAGCAUGGCAUGAUAAUAAAUUUAACUGUUUUCAUAUACAAUCCUCUCUAUUGGCGAGUAACUGCGGACGUCGUUUUCGUCGCCCUUUUCUCAUCAAAUCGUCAGCUUUUCAACGAAGUCGUCGCAUAUUAAUAGUUGUUCUGCAUGGUAACGCUACUGGUCCUACUGGGGAGCUCAAGCAACCACCAUGACGGCGAAGGUAACAUGAAAAUAAAAAGAAACAUGCAACAGGUUUGAGUGAUAAACAGAAAAAAAAAGCCUGAACGUGCAGCACACUUUUUGGCAAAUUUCCUUGCCAUUGUCGCACGAGUGACGUUCUCAAACUUUAUCGAAAUGGCAAUGCGAUCGUAGCUUUAGCCCCCGCCCAGACGUAUGCGGAUAUUUUUUAAUCCACAAAUUUUUCUUUGCAGAUUCAAAAAUUUCCACGUCCACACGUAUCCGUAUUCAAAUCGAAUUUGCCCGUCCACACGAAACCGGAUUCACUCUCAGUUCGUCAGCUAAUUUGUAAUAAAGCGAUCUUCGGCUCAAGCGAAAAUUUUAUCGCCAGUCUGUUUCACUGAUAAAAUUGUCCCAUCAAGCACUAUAUUUCGCUCGUUUGACUUGUUUACGGCGUCCAAUCCGUCCGUCCCACAUGGAAAGAAGCUUCAAAAUGUCAAACCGCCGUUUGCCAUAAUUGAAGUGUACAGUAAUCAUAGCUACAUUGAGAGACAAACGUGUUGAGACACGUCUAUAAAAUGCCCCCCUUUUGAACAGUGGACAUACCUAUCCCCUUCCCCUGAGUACUCCCACCCCCUUCCCCCAAAACCAAUGUUAUGUUUUAGACCCUGAAGUCUUUCUUUAUCUACAAACAACAUUGAUUCGGGGGUGGGGUGGGGGAUUUAUGGCGUUUAAAUAGAAUGAAAUAAUAAAUGUAUGAAAAUGUUGAUAAAAGCACUCGUUUUAGACAAGUGUGUCAACUACUUUUGUCCCUGAUUGUAGGUUUACCUGCACAAACGUUAUAAGACUUGAAACUGAAGUGCAAGAAGUAAAGAAGCGAUAAUAUUGCGCUGGGCACCGUCUUGAAUAUUCACGGUAAAGAACUGGGCAAAACGUUACAGUGUAAGGAAAUAUCCGGAUUUGGCGCCCACAAAAGUGGCUCUUGGCGCCCACUCAAAGAGUCUGAAAUGUCAUACGUCUCCACCCCCUAACCAGUCGUGUCUCUCUUCCCAGCGCUCCCCACCGGUUAGGAGAUGGGUAAGUGUGAUUUAGACUGAGCGUCCACAUGAUUCCGGAUUUAUAACUCAUUCAAAAAUUUCCUCUUUGGAGAGCGGAUUCAGAAAGUAGCGGAUUCGUAUGCCGGAUUCACCGGAUACGUGUGAACGGAAGCCGGAUCCGCAAAGAAAAAGUUGCGGAUUAAAAAAUAUCCGGAUACGUGUGGACGGGGGCUUAAUCUCUAAGAUUGUCGUUUCAUAAAGCGAUUUCGCGACUUCGCCCAUAGAGAGUCUCAUAUACCUUUAGCACGACUAUCCGUGCACAGCUACGAUGAGUGCCAUAAUUUGCUGGAUUGAUGCGCUUUUCCGCGUGCGAUCAUACCAAAGACAUGAACCAAAGAUUUCUUUUCUAAGGUGGUUUUAAUGCAUCAACUAUUCUUGGCAACGACAGUAGGUACUUGGAGAAUUUGACGUUGUUUUUGGAGCCCGUGAUCAAUAGUUCAGUCCGUAGUAGGUUUGUGAGGUGUUGGCACGCUAAAGAGGACGGCUGGGCGGCGUCUACGUUCCACGGCAACUGUGAUGACAAGGGACCCACUGUAACUAUCAUUCAAGUCGGCAGUUUUAUAUUUGGUGGAUACAGUGAUGUAACCUGGAAAAGCCCCGUACCGGGUGAGUACAUGUACUAGGAGAAUUAGGAAUUGUUUAUUUUGCUUGCUAACAAUGAAGAACGAUAAAGUAGUACAGCGGCUUUUGGCUUGAUGUUUUUCUGUUUACGUACAAUCAAGGCGAGAAAGUAAUUCCUCAGCAAUCAGAGUUGGCCAUUUUCAUGAUGACAUCACUGAGGUUUUUGAAAUGAACUACCAGAAGUUUGUUUUUCUCUUCCAUUCACUAUUUAAAUUAAAUUAUCCCGGUCAGGUUUAAAUCUUAUAAGAAUCGAUUUUGAAAUACAUUUUAAAAAAAAAGAGUGUACAAAAAUUCACUCAAUGAUAAAAAGAAGAUUUUGUCUUCAUGUCAUCGUUAUCAAAGAUAAUAUAUCAGUCAGGGCCACAACCAGAUCUGGAUAUAUGAUGACGUCACCCACAUUUGCAAAAUGGCGCCCACGCCGAGAAACACGAGGGAAGGUCACUUCCUGGCUCUUUGCUGCGCCUAGAAGUGUCCUUUCCCCAUACUACUUUGAGAGCUGUGACUUUAGACAAUGCGAAAUCAGGGGUGUGAAGAAAAAAUGCCGUCCGAUGAACGUUUGUGCGUUCUUGGGAGGUAAAACGACCGAACACGAGAGUUUUUCAGCUCAAAGAAAUGCCCGACAAGGAGCAAAACAUCGAAAAAGAGAAGGUGAGUGUCAUUUUUUGGACCUUUGAAAAAAUUUUUUUGAAAUCUACAUAAAAUUUGCUUGUUGAUAGUGGUCUGUUUGGUGUAGUGCAAAGCAGUUUCACAUAGUGCUGUGCUUUUAAAGAUGCAAAAGUCAGUUGCGCAGUUAACGUGCGGGUUUUUGUAACGCCAUGUUUAUUUUACGUUAUUUUGCAGUCGGAUGAAAAAUCACCUUGGUUUUUUGCAAAGAAGAUGCCGUUUGUGUGGGAAAACGUUCUCUUAAGUCAAAACUGUCCAGAACUGAGACAAAACAGCGUUUCGAAGGGAACUUUUGAACUUCUUUGGCGUAGAUAUUGGGCUGGACUCCAGAGAAAUCCAUCCACAGAAAGUGUGUUCGGCUUGUAGGAGAGUCGUUUAUCAUUUAAAUUCGGGUAACUUGGACCCCGAAAUCUCUGAAGGGAGAAAGCAAGGAAUAAGACUGUUUGUGUGGAAGGAACACUCCUCAAACUGCUAUUGCCUGCAGAACCUCAAUAUUUAAAAGAGUUUCAAACAUGGUGAAAACUCUCAGAUCAGUUGCAGAAUCAUGCGAAGGUCUUGAUGACAUGGUGAUACGAGUAAGAUAACUGCUUCUUCAAGUUUAAACAAUAGAAAAUUACAUUUGAAACUCUACUUGUAAAUGACUGCCUUGUCACGAGUUCAGAAAAGUGAAAACAACAAGAAUAGCCCCAAGCGAGCCCACAUUGUAGGAGGCAAUACGAUAGCUUUGAAUACAAAAAUCUUGACUGAAAUGAUGAUGGUUGAUUAAUCACUGUCAUGAGACAGUAUGCAACAGUGCAAACCAGUUUCCCACUUAUAUAAUUUUCGAUUACUGAAUUAAAGUGUCAAUGCUGACAAUAUAAUAACGGUGUAUGACAUUUGCAGACUGCAGACUGCAUGAGGCAGCAAGACUGUAAAUUGAAUGAAACCAAAAGUAUCGUAAUAAAGGUGGCAUCAUCAUCAAAAUUACCUUGUUCCGAGAAGUACAUGUAAGACCUAGAAGCGAAGUUUAUAUUUUUCAUGCAAAUUACACCGACCUCAUUCCUAAAGGAGUUGUUGGCUGUUCUUCUUGUAUUGGAUUAGAGCAGAAUAAUGUCUGCCGAUGUCACAAACUCGCUCAUGAAUCCAUAGCAAAAGGCUAGCAAUUUAGCCUGCAACACAGACGAAACUAAACUCUGGUUAUAUAAGUCUAUCUGUGAAACAGCGCCAGAAUCCUUAUUCUACGGGGGCCCCACCUGUGUACUAGGAUUUGAGUAUGAGCAAUGAUUGGCCUGUUCGAAAAGCCAUUGUCGAUUUGCCUAUUUAGAAAUUCAAAAUGCACUUCCGGUAAUUCGUCGAGUCCAGGUAGGAUCUGUUCGGUUUAGAUUAUUUAGCACAUCCUUAAAAACUGCUAAGAUGAAACACGUCAUUUAAAAGGUGUUAAGUGUCCGUGAUAUAUCCUAGUUGUUUUCGUUGACGUAACUGUAGUGAGCACGAAGUGCUUGCAAUCUAAAAACUUUUUUUUACAGAAGACUACUAUUUAGGCAGGCAUUAGUGGGCAUUGCUACUUGUUAUUAUCAAUUCACAAUAAUCAAAGAAGAAUAAAGAAUCAACGCAAUUAGUGAUAUGCCGGAUGAGUCAAUAAAGAGUCGCGUCGGUGAAGAAUAGCCAACAGCAUCUUCGAAAUGAGACCAAUGUAACUUUGCGCAAAAAUAUCAACCUUGUUCCCAGGCUACCUUCUCACUUUCACACGAUGUUAUAUUUUUGAUGGUGUCACCUUUAUUAGGAAGAUUUUUGGUGUAUUUUAAUUUACAAUCUGCAAUCUGUGGUCUGCAGUCUGCAGUCUGCGGUCUGCAGUCUGCAGUCUGCAGUCUGCAGUCUGCAGUCUGCAGUCUGCGGUCUGCAGUCUGCAAAUGUUGCUUAUAUAAUUUUUUUAAUUUAUUAUUUAUUUGUUACUUUUAUACUUUGUAUUUUCGAUUGAAUGGCUUAUAUAAUUUUUUAAUUUAUUAAAUAUUUGUUACUUUUUCCAUACUUUGCCUUAGGUUAAACCCCAUGAUAAGGUGGAAAAUGUGGAAGAAUGGCUGAAAAUACACUUUAAACAGGACACCAAAUGAUCGAUCUUACAAAAUUGUUCCAUAUUUCAUAAUUACAGUCAAACCCCAUUGAUAUGGACACUGAAGGGGCCAUAGGAAGUGUCUAUAUAACGGAGGUGUCCAUAUCAAGCAAGUCCUGUUAGUCAAAAAUACACUUUUUUUAUCGAAAUACUACAGCAUCACACCUAACAUCUUUAAACAUCACUAAGCUCUUAUUCUGCAGACUGUGUCCAUGAAAACACACGGAAGUCUCGAGAAAAUAGAUCAAAAAUUAAGUAAAAUUUACCAACUCGAUUGAUGUCAAAAUGGUCUAUUAUUGUUGUGCACAAUUCAUUCAUUUUGGUGUACUAUGAUGCUGGGAACAUGUGACGUCAACUAAAUGAAAGGUUUUUUUACCCUACAAAAAAAGAGGUUGACUACAGCACACAAUGGACUAUAAAGUCUGCAGAUUAGCGAGGUUGGUUUUAUAUGAGAAUCUGUUCAUUGAGGAAGAAAAAAACGUCCAUUAUCCCUUUUAACAGGUCAGUCUGUAUUAAGUGGGUUGAAUAAAGAGAAAAAAUUAAGGGUUUUCCCCAGUGACCAAGGAAACUUCCCAUAAUAACAGGGAGUCCGCAUUAAGCUGGUGUCCGUAAAGAGGGGUUUGACUGUAUGAUACAGGACAAACAUAAUCUAAUAAUAAUAGAGGCUUAGUGCCCACUAAGUUUUUCAGUGUGUAUGUAUUCCACCUACAGUGACAGGAUAUUACUAUAAUGACAUAGUUUUUACACUAAAUCAACAAAACUCAGAAACCCAGGCAUUGUUUGGGAUACAAGACAGCCUUUAUUAAUCAUAACAAAACACAACACAUGGUAAAUAACUAAAAGGUAAUAUUAAGUAUAAAAACAAAGUGCUCCAACAAAUAAGAAAGACCAAACUAAAAAAGAGUUAAAACAACCUCAAUCAAAUAAUAAAAGUGAUCACACUGUCCAUGAAUAGAACAAAAUAAAACCUUACAGGGAGGGAGGGAGGGAGGGAAAUGAUUGCUAGUGCAAUAAAAGUGAAUGUUGCUACUGCACUACUAAGUGGAAAUGUGACUAAACUAGAAUUGUAUCCGUCUGUAACCCAUAUUACAGUCGUGGUAUUUUUAUCUACCGUAAAACUACUAUAUCCUAGGUAGUAGGCACAUGGUAUUAUGAAAUCUCUCAUGCCACAAAACUACUGUGAUGCUGUACUAGCCCUGCAUCCCAAUGUGACACCUUCCUUUGAGAUUUGGAACCGCAUCAGUCGUCUCAACUGAUGCACCCCCUUAAUAACAAUAAUUUAAAGGAACAAAUUUUUUUUAAAAAUAUAGAUAUAAAUAUAUAUAAUAUUUUCUUGUCUUGUGAAAAACCAUUCUAUUAAAUUUUUUGACACAAACAAUAGUAAAGUCUGCACAUCUAUUUCAUUUGUCAAAGCUGUUUUUCAAAAUACAAUUGUCAAAUUAUGUUUACGUCCUCUCAGUGACUAUUUAACAGCUAUUAGAACACGAAUACGUCCACUUGCAUUAUUUUCAUCCGCAAUGGGGUUUUGCAAUUUGCAAUAAGCAACACGUAGACAGAAGUUCGUUAAUAACUGCUUACGACUCUUCGCGAGUGCAAUUUCUACAAAUUUUAUUUAUUUCUUUGACCUUCGCAUAUUUCCAACAUGUGUGACGAUUCAAUAUACUGGAAAUUUAUAUACAGCAAGAAUAAUUAGCAUUAAGAUUAUCAUUCGAAAUUAGAUUUUAGGGCGUAUGGUAUUGCGCCUGAAGUAGAAUAGAACAGACUUCUCCAGGUCGAAGCUGUGCUCGCAGAAAUAAUUCCAAACAGGACUUCUCAAAACCUUUCCGCUUAAAAUGUAUCGCGGUAUUCAAAUUCCCUAUUCUUCCAAUUCGAUCUGAGUCGUCGAGUUGUUUCUGGUCUCUUGAAACAUCAGAAAUCCACGGGUGUUUACAGAAAGCGUUCUCGAUCAUUAACAUCUCGAUAUUCGUAAAUCGAACGCUAUGACGCAUAAAAUAAUCUCGAUUAAUCGGCUCCGUAUUGCUGUUACUUUUCUUCAAGGUGCGUUCCAAGUUUCCCUAUUCGACAUUUCUGUCGAGCUUAGUCCUUUCGCGGUCAAGUCAAUGUUUUGGUUGAGCUCUGAGCCAAUCAGAUUGCAGGAAAUUACAUAUCCAGAUCUGGUUGUGGCCCGGACUGUAUAUACUUCCACGAAUCAUGUUAAUUUCAUAUCUUUUGAUAAUGAUGACAUGAAACCAUCGAAACGUCAAUUUACUUUUUUAUCGUUGAUUUCAGGUUUAAAUCACAACAUCAAUAAACAAAAUCUUGCAAAAUCUGGUUUCGUUCUCUCCUUACCAAAACCCGUUAAGGGACCACUCCAAAGGAGAGGACGCCUCUGGUGCCAUCCUUAUUUUACUGAAUAAUCUUUAAAGUUCUCUAACUAUGUACCGCGGACUCUUUUUAAUAAAGAAAAGUGUCGCUUAAGAACUACCCCCACCGGGUCACGGUAGUCACAAGGAUAAAAAGGAAAACUUUUCCAUCGUAAAAAGCUAAUGUUGUAGUCACAUCCAUUAACAUUCAUGACCAAAAUUACCUUUUUAAAGGUAAUUUUUAGCUUUUAAAAAAGCUAAAUGAAACACGGAAUCAAGUGGUUCAGCCAUGCGGAGGUUGAAAAAAAAAUGUAUUAGAUGCAUGGGUGAUACCGUCUGUCAUUUGUAUUUUAUGGACUUCAAGUAGGUUUCAGGCUCUGUCAUAAUUCGAUAGAUCUGAAUUCAGUUACGAUUCUAGUUUGCGUAAAUCUCUUUUCAGGACAAAAACCCUACUCUUUUCUACUAACACUGAGGGAUUCCAGUUUAGGGAGAGCUCCCUUUCUGCUCAUCAUAGAAGUUUGUUACUCUGCUAAAACUGCCUAAUUUUCUAGAAUAAUUUUCUCCUCCCUCACCAAUUUCAAAGUCAAUACAGUGUCAUUACUGUACUUAUCAAGACAACAAAUGGAUGUGUGGCUCAACACUUUUUUAGGAACAUUGAAAAAUUUAUACAAAUACAGCAAAUUUUUAAAUAUCAGUGCAGUAAUGCAUGGGUUGUCUAGAAAUGUUUGUAUGUCAAGCCGGACUUGCACUCACUAUUUUAAACUGAAGUCCGGAUCAUUGAAUAUUCCUAGAAGUUAAUUUUUUUAUGAGCGCCUUUAGUAAGGUCAGUAAGAAUUGUAGAAUGUCGUCAUUAUCUCCCAGGUGGUUGUCGGUAUGGAAAUUCAAGGAAAGCCUUUAUCUACUCCUUGACCAAUAACAACGGUUCUGGACACGCUGUGUACAAUCCUGUUAAGCUGCGAGUCAAGCCUGAUAGUUACCAUCAAGCUGUAAGAAGGUGUGAUUCAGAUGGACCAAUAUUUGGCUGGAAAGAUAUUCGCAUAUCAAACAACUCUGCUAGUAACCAGGAUUCUUGUACUUAUUGUGGCAAGAAAUACCCUCUCCCACCAGGGUAUCGUUUAUCUGCUCGAAAGUGUACAUUCUAUGUUGGAAACUCCACAUUCACGCCAACAGAUAUCGAAGUAUUCUAUGAAACAACCACAUAA